AUGGCGGCUUCUUCUUCACUGCCAGCUUCCCGCCUUUUUGCUUUCGGCUUUCUGAUUGGUUCGUCGUCAGCCAAGCCGGGCGCUGAUUGGUGGCUGGAGUCCCCGCCCACUUUACCUCAGAGCUCUGGGUCCUCUCUCGCCGCCUUCUGGCCGCUUCCCGGUGGCUCCGUCCCGGUCCUGUCCCCGUCCCCAUCCCCGUUCCCGACCCCCCGGUCCGGGAAUACCCCACUGCUCCCCCUCCCACAUGUGUCUGUGUUUGGGCCUGGGACGGAGCCGGUGCCCGGUGCAGAGGCAGCGCUGGAUGCUCCAUCCUCCCGGUACUUCGCCGCCCUGGAUGCCAGCGUUGGGGACCUGCAGCACCGCGCUCAGCACCUCAUUGACAGCGUCAACAGCAGCAGGAAGCAGGAUCACAGCGUGAUGAGCACCUUCCGAGACAGCCUCCUGCUCAAGGUUUCGGGCCUGGCGGAGCAGCUGGAGGAGCGGCUCUUCCACCUCUAUGGCAUCCACAAUGAGCUGAUCCAGGAGCGGCUGCAGGAGCUGGCUGAGGUGAUGGAGAGGGUUGGGGAGGCCGCGGCCGAGCUCCGCCACGUCUGCCGCACCGUGGAGGCUGCUUACCGGGACCUCUGCCUGCAGCCCGAGACCUGA